CUCUCACUAAAAUUAUGUUGAAAAAAAAAUUGUUAUUUACAUGCUUACAGUAUAUUAAAAUGAGUUUAAAUGUUUGCAAAAUACGACGGUUCAUUUACAUGGAAUAUAUAAUUUUGAAAAUUUGAGUCAAAACAGGUUUUUAGACUAGCUGGUGUCGUUAAACUAGAAUGGUAGAGCUAUUUCAUUUUAUAUUUUAACAAGCUAAAUUGUAAAAUUAUUUGUGAUAGACAUAACCUCUAGCAAAUUAAAUAUUUUAUUCAAGCAUGCCAGGACAACGAAGGCAACGUAUUACAACUGUCACUGGCAGACCCAGGCGUAAUGCACGGCGACAAGAAGUAGCCACAGAGUUGCAGAGGUUAGCGCCAGCUACUCCACAGUCCGCUGAGCAGUGCCUUAAUUCAGACCCAGCUUCAACGGUGGGAACACCUCAAACUGUGCAUACUGUUACAGCUGCCAAUUUACAAUCGGGGACUUGUAAUUCUCGUGAAUGCAGCGAUCAGCUACAAGGCAGCUCUGAUUCUAUAGUCAAUCCCACGCAACAUGGUUACUCAAACAUUGGAAACUCUUACACUCCCGAGACUGUCAUAUCAGUGCCUAGUGACACCUUCCAUUAUGGAACGUCGACACAAUUGCCUAGUAACCAAAUGGCAUGUUCUCAGAAUUUCAAUUGUCAUGGAAACGCACCAUCUGCCGGAUAUGUUAAUACUAUCUCACAACAAACUAAUCCGGGCAAUUACACUUCCGGUCAAUAUAUAUCGUCGGAACAUUUGAUGAGUACCCAACCAGGAACAGUAUCCUAUGCGACAUCGGCACAGUUGCCUAGUAAUCCAAUGACAGGUUCUCAAAGUUUCAGCUGCCAUGGAAACGCAUCAUUUGUCGGAUAUGCUAAUACGAACACGCAACAAACUAACUCGGACAUUAAUACUUUUGGUCAAUAUGUAUCAUUGGACCAUUUGACAAGUAGAUCUAUCCAACCAGGGACAGCAUCUGGCAUGGAUCACAAUGUAAACACUAUUUCAGAUGCAAGUGUUACAUCAGCUGUGAAUGUCCAACAACCAGUGUACCCCUACUUUAGCAACUCUGUGCCCGUUAUGCAACCCACUAGCAAUGUUCCCGCACAUAGUACCCAGCAAUACAUGGCUCAACCACUGUCGGAGGCUAAUUCACAUAUGUCAGACAUCACUACAGUAUCGAUAGUUGGGUCUUCGAUAAUCCGAGAUGCCUUCUACCAUACGCAAGACAAGAAUCUUCAAUUACCCAAUGUCAGUAUAUACUGGGAUUAUCAGCCGGGCAUGAGAAUUCAUCAUUUAGUAGAAAAAAUUCAGAAUUUGCUCACUAGGUAUGUGCCUCCUGAUUAUAUAGUGAUACACUGUGGCGGAAACGAUAUUGGCCAGAGCCCAUUAAACAGCAUCGAGCUACUAGCUAUAGAUGCCGUACAAAAUAUACAGUCAUUAACAAAUGCAAGAAUUAUUUGGUCACAAAUUCUUCCGCGAUUGGUGUAUAGGAAUGAGGUAAAUCACACAAAAUUAAAUAAAGCCCGAAGACGUUUCAAUACUGUAAUGGCAGGAUUGUGUCACCAAAUUGGAGGGGCUUACAUAAGACAUCCUCAAAUAUCAGAAAGAAAUUAUUUAUUUAGGGAUUAUGUUCAUCUCUCUGCUAUAGUGAAUGAUAUAUUUUUAAGUAAUUUGAAGCACGGUUUAAGGUAGUUCUGCACGUUUGGAUCGAAAUUUUUUCUACAAUGUUGAAUUUGAUUAAACUCUGAUCUUUCAAAACUUCAGACUAUACCUAGAAAAUUUAGCAAAUAAAAAAGAUAGGGUCGUGUGCUUGAUUUUUUGCUAGACUGAUUAGAAAAAUUUGGACCUCACGCAAUAUUUCAUAAUGGGAGUCUAUGGGAAAAUCAUAACUUCCAUAACAUUUUCACGAAUAGAAAUCUUUCUACAAUGUAGAUUUUGAUGAAACUUCUCACAGUUGUAAAUAAACAUAUCGCCUAUAAUUUGGUGAAAUAAAAUGUAUAGGUCCGUGUGCUUAUUUUUGAGAUAUCUGACCAAGAUUAAAGUGAACCGGACAUUUCACGCUAAUUUUAAGACAUUUUUUGAAUUUUUUAACGUGUCAUAUGUUUUAAUAUCAUAUUUUGACUUUAGAAAUAUAGCAUCAGUGCCAUUGUAAUAAAUUUACUCACAGUUUUCGACUUAAUCAUAAAAUUAUUUUCAUUUCCGUACGCCGAAUCUCUCCUUUAUUCUACGUUUUCCGGAUAAAUGACGUUACGCCAUCACUUCCGGUUUAUCAAACGUGCAGAGCUACCUUAAAUGCAAUCAUAUAAUAUAAUUAUGCUUGCUUCCCGGACGAAAGAUGUUAAGAUUAUUGUUUGUAAUUAUAUUGGGCUCGGUAUUGGAAUGUUAUAACCUGAUGCAUACUAAAGUAAUUGAAUUUGAAUAUAUACUUAAUACACAGUGUUAAACUAGAACAAUUGAUCUGUCCGAUAUCCGGAGGAACCAGUAAUUGUUUUUUAGAGUCUGCAAAUCCAGCGUAAUGACUUUUCUGACAUCCAGAGUUUAUCUCUAGUUCGUUAUACGCUUGCCUUAAGUUCAAGCGAAAUAAUCUUUCCGAAUUCCGGAGGCAAUUUAUAUACGUUGAAGAUGAGCAAUUUUGCCCGUAAGGGUCGGCCAUCUUAGCGAAAGUCGGUGACCGACAUCCGGCACCACCUACCGAUAUCCGGAGGCUGAGUUUUUCGACAUCCGGAAACUCUUAACCUACCGACAUCCGGAGGUUAACUUUAUUACAAGAAAAUCAUGUUCAAGUUUUUCCGGGGGGGG